AUGAGGUGGACGAAACGAUUAAAAGGGGACAGACUUCUCCCCACCCCCAAUUUCAUUAUCGCCGUUGUCGGGAUGGUUCCAGAAAACGAGACUAGUCAGAGUCUCCACACCUGCAGUACUUGUUCUCGCUCGUUCAAUCGUAUCGAGAACCUGAAGCGUCACCAGAAGACUCACCAGAGCAGACUGCCUCAUCGCUGCGCAAUCUGCCAGAAAGAGUUUUCGCGUAGCGAUAUACUCAAGAAGCACCGGCGUGUCCAUCACAAAGGCACCCCGGACGGGCAGAAUCUAGAGGAGAGCCACGCGAGAGAGUUCUGUUUCGUCCUCGAGGAUCCUGGUUCGUCGUCGCAAGGCUUGCCGGACAAGAUUGCAGAUCCAGCCAGCUUGGGUUCAAGCUCUGUACCCACGACCUCAACUACAUCUACGGUUACAUGGGGCCCUCCAACGAAUUAUGCUCAAUAUCCGACGUAUUCUCACAAUGGAGGGCCAGCUUCCGGCACAAAUUCAACAGCUGCAAAUCAACACCACAGCACGAUAGCUGCUCUUCCGGCUAUCUUGGAUGUAGAUGUCGACUUUUCUACCUUCUUCCAGUCAUGUGCGGACAAUCUCUGGCUCGAUACCCGGCAGUGGUUCACUCCCGAGUUCUACGACGCUAUGAGGGAAAAGACUUACAUGGACAACCCGCUCCUUAUUCAGGAUGACUCUCAAUUGUUCUCAGAUCAGCGGGCUUGGUUCGGAGACGAUCUCGGCCUACCUGGCCAUGGACAGGACACUGCCGUCAGCAUGCCACACAAGGGGGCGAUGGCUUCUCAUGAGACUACAGGAAACAUUGGCCAUGAGAACGCCGGCCCCAGAGUCUCAUCGCCGCCGAACGUUCCAUUCCAAGAAGACGGGAUGGCCUUUGGAUGGGACCCAUCGUCAAAGAUGAUCCAACAGACGCAAGAUAUUUCGAUAAGCGAGAGGCAUCCGUUCUUGCUUCGCCAAAAACAUCAGUUCGACAUGGGAGACUCAGUCUGGGCUUCCAUACAUGAGUUUUUGAAGCCUCGAAUCCCAAACUCGGGUGACUUUAUUCUCCCGUCCUUGGCCGUCGCAAAUGCUUUUCUUGGACUCUUUUUCGAAGAGUUUUACGAGCAGAGCCCGGUCUUACACUUGCCUACUCUCAACGUAGACUCGCUACCUCCGCCCUUAAUUGUGGCCAUGAUAGUAAUCGGCGCUACGUACAGUCAUAUUCGACAGUCCCGACGCUUUUCCAUCCUGGUGCUGGAUCGAGCACGACAAAAUCUUCAACAAAGCAUAGAAUCAGAUAAGACCUUGACCAGGGAUCCUCACAUCCUGUACGCGUAUGCGCUGCUGGUCUACAUGGGGCUUUGGUGCGGAAACAAAAGAGCGUACGAGGCAGCCGAGGCCUCGCGAGGGGCUUUGGUGACAUACGUCAGACGGCUUCCCCCGCUGAAGCCCAGGUCCCUCGGCGGUAACGGGAAAGUCACCGAAGACCAGUGGGAGGGGUGGAUAGACUUGGAGUUCAAAUACCGUUUGCGCUGGUACGUGUUCAUGAUUGACAUGCAGUUUCCAGUCAUCUUGAACUUGAGGGGCAUGAUGUCACUGGCCGAAGUCUGCAGAUGGGAAUGCCCGAGCGACGAACAGCAUUGGACGGCUUCAGAUGCGAAGACGUGGACACGCCUUCUCAACGCCGCGCCGGGCCCAUCAAUCGUAUUGUUCGCGACGGCCUACCAAGCGCUGUUGACGCCCGAUGGAAGUAGCCGGCGCACUUCGCCAUCUUCACUGCGAAGCUCUGCAUUCAGCCGCUGGACUCUUCUUUUGGUUCUAAACUCCUUGGGCAGCCAAGCGUAUGACUGGUCGCAUGACUGGUCAAUGAACCCUGUUGAUGCUUCCGAAAGCCCUUUCAACACAUCCUCUCAAAAUGGCUACGUGGGAGUAAAUAAAGCAUCCUCCCGGAUGGAGCGCCUGAAGACCCGGGAGAAUAUAAUUGAGUCAGUCGACAUUUGGUAUCAUCGAUACAACGCGUAUAGGGAAACCGGAAGGGCCUCGGGGCCGGACUCAUACUUCUUGAGAGCUUCACGGAUACUCCACGGCCUAGUGCAUAUCCACCUCCAUACCUCGAUAUCCCACAUCCAAGAUGCAUUAGGUAAAGGUGGAGACCAUGCAGUCCAGGAAGGAUUGAGCCGGCUGCAAUACUUCUUCGCACACGGGUAUGCUAGCCACGGCCAGACGACCAUUAAACCCCCACCGGAGUCUUUGCAUGCUUUUGCGAAGGCAACUGAAAACUGCAUGUUGAUCAUGAGCGACCAAGGGUUGCGAUCAGCAGCUCCUUACAGCAUAUUUACUGUGUUUCUCAGCCACGUCUUUCUGUGGGCAGUGAUCAAGACGAGUCCCAAAACUAUCAAGGCUCAAGUCCACCUCUUUCUCCGCGACGUUGCGCCAGCCAUCAAGUCCGAACUCAAAGAAGCUCUUGAUCGCGCACUCUCCUCGCAUAAUGACGGUGCUGGAAACGGAGAUGAGAGCCGUUUGGUCCUUAUGCAUGGCGCACAGAGUCUUGUACGACUCGGAACCUGGGGUGCAGCACUAAACCUCGCUCGGCUUCUACAGCUCAGGGCAGAGAGGAGAAACGACAACAUCGGAAACCAACAUAUAGCGCCUUGA